AAAACUUUAAAGGGGGUGCAUGAAGCCAUAAGUUUGAGAAACCCUGCGCAACAGGCCAAGAGCUUCGACAUUACUUGUAUAUUAACUUCAGGGCGUGUGUAUAGACAUUUCACUCGCCACAUACUCUUGCGUGCACUCGUGAGUGGUGUCAGCAGUAGUGGUCGGGUGGUCUGUGUGAUCGCGCGUGUGCUGUGUACCCGCUGGAGGCUGGUGGUAAAAGUAUUGGCUUGCGAGAGUGUGCAGCGGUGCAGAUCGCAGCUGUUGGAAAACAUAAACAUGUCAGUAAUUCUGGUGUCAGUAGCAGCGCUGCUGGUGGGCGCCGCGAGCUGCUCUAACUCCACCUCAGCCGCAGAGCACGAGGAGUGUGCCUCGCCGGAGGGGCUGUGGGGCCUGGCGCUCGAGGACUGGGCCACCUCCGCACUGGUCACUUCGGACAGGCAUGGUCGAGUAAUGGCGCUGCCGUCAACAAAGGGGUACUACGUAGCAGAACGCUUCGACAGCCCCUACCUGUCCCCGCCCCCGCCGCCCCCGCAGCCCCCCUACAUGCAGUCGUCUCCUCAACAACCGCCACAGAACCACCCCCUCUCCCUAACGGGCUACAAGCCGCAGGCACCAGGCCCUGUUCACCCAAACAGUCAACUACACGCGGCUCCGCAUGCGAUGCACGUGCCGCAAGGGUAUAAGGAGUGGGAAGGGAGUCAACCGGGUGGAGGGAAGAUCGUCAACCGCCCUACAAAGCCUUAUAAGGACAAGUUUAAGCCGAGCUAUCCUCCACCGCCUCAACAAGAUCAUCGGCCCAGCCCCAACUCCAUCGACCGCGUGGACGACCCUCCGCGCAAGCAGGUGACGGAGACGGACCUCUACCUCCUCAGCGCCAUCGAGAAGCUGGUGUACAGAGUGGACCUCAUGGAGAAGAGGCUACGCAAGAUGGAAGAGGGCGUGCACUAUUUGUUGGCGGGAGUCGAGUCCAAGCCAGACCCGUGUCCCGCGAACUACUCGCGCGUGGGCGACGUGUGCUACUCGUGGUCGGCGGCGGCGCUGGACUGGAAGGGCGCGUCGCUGGCGUGCCGCAAGGAGCGCGCCGCGCUGCUGGAGCUGGUGGACGAGGCGCAGAGGAAGACGCUCUACUCCAAACUGCUGUCUGACAAGAAGCUUAGAGGUAACGACUUCUGGACGGGCGGGCUGAACCCCGGCCUGCUGUGGAUCUGGUCGCACUCGGCCAAGCCGGUGGAGCCCAACAGCACCAACUCGACGAGCAUCGCGGGCGACGGGCGCUGCCUGGCGCUGGUGUCCGACCCCACGCGCAGCACCUACGUGUACCGCGGGCAGGACUGCGCCGUGCCGCACCGGUACAUCUGCCAGAAGGAGGACAGCAAGGAGAAACUCGGCAACGAGAUCGAGAGGGUCGCUAGGAGGCUCAGAGUAGAGAGGGGCAGGAAGUCCAAGUUGCUGUGGGACGACGACAAAUAGCGAUUGAUUUCUUUUAAACAAUAAAAAUGUAGACUUAUAAAUACCGACCAUACUGCUGUGUUUUUAGUUGUUGCACAGGCUUAGCAUUCUAUUCAUAGGCGGUAUAACAUCAAUUACCAUCGACAGUGCCGGAAAUAAGGCACCUUGAUGCCUUAAGCAAUGUCCCCCUGUGGCCACCCUAUCCUUAAGUACACUGCAAAGAAUUAAUUUUAUAAAAUGUUAAUAGUAACCGUGGGUACAAUAUGUAUAAAUCUCUAGUGCCCCCCUAGACGUGAUUAGCAUAUAUGCUAAUUCAGGACUAACCAACAAGUUAGGCUUAUCUGCUUUGUCCAUUAAUUAUAACUAUGAAAAAGAAAUACCUACAGAACGCGCGAUGAUUUAUAAGCAUUCACUCACCAAAUAACCUGACAUAAAGAAAAUAACUUUGCCAUUUCUCGAGUUGUCAUACCUGUCUCCCAAGCUUGUCAAGCUUGACUUAUGUUAAGGAUAUCUUGAGCUUUACCAAGGAUUCAUUGUUUUUUGGAUUUUAAAGCAUUAUAGGUUGAAUAUCUAACUUUGUUGUAGGUCGAGUGGGUUAUUUGAUAAGACUGAUCUUUAAAAUAUUUGUUGCUAUAUAAUUUAUUUGUGUAAGGAGGAAGUCUAAUAAAAUACAUAAAACUUCUCAUAAAUCCUUAUAUUCUAGAAUAUUUACAAUGUUGGUUUCACAUAGAAUCUCAACAAAUAACUUAUUUCAAUAAAUAUUUAUAAACAAACUGAA